CCAUCCGUCAACAGCAAUAACUGCCAUCUGCUGAAGUAGUCGUCCGGCACCAUGGCCACCAUCGCCGCAACCACCGCUCCCGCUGCCCUCGGGACGUCCGAAAUCCUCGGGACGCGGCUCAACGCCACCGUCACACCUCGCGCGGCUCCGUCGCACUCACCUGGCUCUUCCAAGGUCGCCGCAUUAUUCUCCAAGAAGAGUGCUGCUGCCAAGAAGAAGCCUGCGGCUGCUUCUUCGGUGAGUGACGAGCUCGCCAAGUGGUACGGUCCGGACAGGAGGAUUUUCUUGCCGGAGGGACUCUUGGACCGAUCCGAUGUUCCUGAGUAUCUCACCGGAGAAGUGCCCGGAGACUAUGGCUAUGAUCCUUUUGGGUUGAGCAAGAAUCCUGAAAAUUUCGCUAAAUAUCAAGCUUAUGAGCUCAUCCACUCAAGAUGGGCUAUGCUUGGUGCAGCAGGGUUCAUCAUCCCUGAGGCUUUCAACAAAUAUGGUGCAAACUGCGGUCCUGAAGCUGUCUGGUUCAAGACUGGUGCUCUUCUCCUAGAUGGAAAUACAUUGAACUACUUUGGAAAGAACAUUCCAAUCAAUCUUGCUUUGGCUGUCAUAGCUGAGGUUGUUCUUGUUGGAGGUGCUGAAUAUUAUAGAAUCACCAAUGUAUUGGAUUUGGAAGAUAAACUUCACCCUGGAGGUCCAUUUGAUCCCCUUGGUCUUGCUAAUGACCCAGACCAAGCUGCAAUUCUCAAGGUGAAGGAGAUCAAGAACGGUCGUCUUGCCAUGUUCGCGAUGCUUGGUUUCUUCCUGCAGGCCUAUGUUACAGGGGAAGGGCCAGUGGAAAACCUCACAAAACAUCUGAGCGACCCAUUUGGAAACAACUUGCUUACUGUGAUCUCUGGAGCAGCUGAAAGAACUCCAACCCUGUAAACCUUAUCAUCUCUAGGCACUGUAAAAUGUCACCUGAGACUGUGUCAAGUUCCUAUUUCAGUGAAAAUUUUCAUGAUCUAAAUCAAAGUAGGUAAUUGAUCGCA